UGUUUGCUGGAUCAUCACUUCCUGUUUGCUGGAUCAUCACUUCCUGUUUCUUGGUAAGCCUCAGUUUGGAUCGAGCCGGCUGCAGGCAUGCUGUGUUUUCUCUGCUUUCUUCUGUCUGGAAGCUUCUGCCUCGGCUCAGAUGUUCGUGAUCAAACCAGUCUGCUGGACUCUCAGGUGACCCUGUCCUGCUCCCACGCAGCUGCAGAUGUUACCUGGAGCAGGUACAAGGAUGGGAAAAAGGUGAUUCUGGUCAGCAACAAGCAGGACCGGGAGUUCCGGCCUGACAGACGGUUUGGGUCUCAGGCAGACGGUGCGCUGGUGAUCCAAAGAGUCCAACAUUCUGAUGAGAGCUUGUAUUUCUGCAACAACAAGAAGGAAAUUUACCUGAGAGUGACCUCAGAUCCCACCCAGGUGUUUGAGACAAAACCACAACCUGAUGGGCCGAGUGUCGGCCUCGGAGCAGACCAGGAGGACCCAGAACCCUCAGAACCCUCAGACUCUUGGAGGAUCCCUGUUGGUGUGACGGCAGGAGCUGCUCUGAUGUUUCUGUUUAUCUUCCUCCUGAGGGUCUGCUCAGCCAGGAGAGGCCAGCAGAGGAACAGGAAGAGGACCAGUUCUGAGACCGUGUACCACGAGAUCCAGUUCACCAGUGUCAGACCCGAGUCUGAGAGUCCGUACUACUCCAGCAUCCCCACACCUGUAGACCCCUACCUGUACAGCACUGUGAAGAAGCCUGCAGCACCUGAGACCACCGUCUACUUCCUGGUCCAAAACCCAGAGAGAGAAGAACCACAGAGUCCAGGUUCUAUCUGACCCGUUUUCUCUACUGGGUUCUUCUUCAGAACAGGAGUCGUGUUUGCAGAUGAGCUGAAGGAGAUCCGUUAAAGUUUCUUUUUUAAAAAUAUAAAAGAAACAAGAAUUUCAUCCAGUUUGACUUUAUUUCAGAACUUUGACUGAUGUGUUGAUGAAUGAGUCUGAAACCUGAGUCUGCACUCUAUGUAAACAAAGAGUGGUCUGCACUCUAUGUAAACAAAGAGUGGUCUGCACUCUAUGUAAAGAACUCAGCUGAAUGAAUGACUGGCUAUUGUCUGUAAACACAUUAUGGUUGUUUCUGUAGGUAAACAAACACACUUUGGCUGUUGUUGGCCAACUUCUGUAAAACUUUGUAAAACUUCUGUGUUUCCAUUAAAUACAUAAAUGAUGGAAAAUGGAUUCAGUUUUAAAAUCAAAAUGAUCACAUUUUGAAAAUAAUAAAUGAAAGAUUGUUUCAGAUGUGGAAUAAAAGACCAUAUAAAUAUCGGCACACCAUGGAGUUACAAUAAACAGACUGGGAUGAA